UAAAGUGCUAGCAAAUAAUUUGUCCGGCUGAUCAAUUUGUCCGUGCUGAUCAGUUGUCCGAAGCUGAUUUAACACUCUCCACCUGAAACUGACUUUCUGGGAGGCGAGUUUCAGGUGGGGAGUGUGGGUCAUGUGACCAUAUUCAAGAUUUUUAGUCUUCACUUCAUUCUCUCAAUAACAGUUGGGAAAAUUAUUUUGAUUAUUUUUUCUUUCAUUUGGUAGCCUGAAUAAUGACUAGUCCAUCAACUGGAAUUCAACAAUUGCUUGCUGCUGAAAAGAAAGCAGCUGACAAAGUUGGCGAAGCAAGAAAACGUAAGGCAAGAAGAUUGAAGCAAGCUAAAGAUGAGGCUACUGAAGAAAUUGAAAAAUAUCGCGGAGAACGUGAAAAGCAAUUUAAGGAUUUCGAGACCAAACAUGUUGGAUCACGCGAAGGAGUCGCACAGAAAAUCGAUGCAGAUACUCGAUUGAAGAUUGAAGAAAUGAACAGAGCAUUGGGAUCAAAUAAAGAACCAUGUGUGUGUGCAUGGGCAUUCGUUUUUGCAUUAGGCUGCCGCUAUAAAGCCGGAAUUUUGCAAUCUUUUGAAAUUAAUCGAAAUAUGGCAUUAAAUCCGAAGCAAUCAGGAGAAUUUAUUGUAAAAAAUGCCAAAUAUGUGAAGGUACAAGAUGUUGGUGUAAGGAACCUUGCACAUCAAGUGAUUGAAGGGAUUCUUACUGGUUCAUUGGAUAUUAAAAACUUUACUCAACAUGAGUUUCAUCCCAAACCAACAGAAAAGCAUGCAAUGAAUUGGAUUUUUUUGAUUGAUACUUUAAAUUUCUGUUUCUGGACGAAAGGCGAUCAACCAAAUAAAUGGAAAGUCGAUGGUCAAACAGGAUAUUUCGCUCUUUGUGCAGCAAUCAACAGAGCAAUGAGAAAUUCCAUUGACAUCACAAAUCCUCAAUUCUAUGCAACAAUCAAGAAAGAGCAGCUUGAAGAAAUCUUGAAAUCUGACGACGGAGAAACCAAAGUUCCACUUUUAGAUGCAAGAAUUGAAUGUCUUCAUCAAGUUGGAAAGAAGUUGCUUGAAAAAUACGACGGGAAUUUCGAGAAUGUUGUGAAAGCUGCUGAAGGUUCAGCUGAAAAGCUUCUUCAAUUGAUUGUCGAUGAAUUUCCAUGCUUUCGCGAUGAAGCAGAAUUUAAAGGUCAACAUGUAACGAUUUACAAACGGGCUCAGAUCCUUAUUGGCGAUGUUUACGCUUGUUAUCAAGCAGAGGGACUUGGAUCAUUCCAUGAUCUCAACAAUACAAUAACAAUGUUUGCUGAUUAUCGAGUCCCACAAGUCCUCGUUCAUUUCGGUGCUUUAAUUUACAGUGAUGAAUUAAUGAGCGAGCUGAAGAACGAUAAAAUCCUCAAAAACGGAGAAGAAAAAGAAGUUGAAAUCCGUGGAGCUUCAAUCUACAUCGUUGAAGUAGCUAAAGAAAUCAUCCUCAGAGAGUUGACAGCAAAUCAUCCAGAAGUGUCACUCAAACAUGUCAACUCAAUCUUAAUCGAUCACUUUUUGUGGGAUUAUCGUAGAGCUAAUGCCGAACUUUUAGCUUACAUUCCUUUCCAUAAGACUUUCAGUGUUUAUUACUAAAUAAAGAUUUUUUUGUCUU